AUGGGGUACGGAUCCCUAUAUGCAAAAUCUCUCCUUGACAAGCUCCGGCAAGAUGGCAUUUACAUGAGACCUCUGGGUAAUGUUAUUUACCUCAUGUGCGGGCCCUGCACUUGUCCCCAUAUCUGCCGCCAAGUACUUGAAAAAGUAUAUGAAAGAUUGAAGGAGUUCAGCCAAGCAAGAAUAUGA